AUGGAAGAACAUACAAUUACAAUUCUGCUGGUAGGGGAUGAGAAAUGCGGGAAGUCUACUUUUCUAUCAAGAAUAAGCCAGGGCCGCCAGAACCUCCACGGCAAGACUCCCAUUGCCCUCCUCAGAGACCUGGACCAGCCCUUUGUUUUUGAGAUUCGCUCGCGAAUAGGCCAGUACCGCUUCGAGUUUUACGACACCUCCAGCCCUGAAAACUGGCGACUACUCCGGCCAGACCUGGUCAUCAUCUGCUACGACAUCAGCCAGCGGUUGGGCCUGAUCAACCUCCAGCGUGUGUGGAUCAAAGAAGUCCGGAGGGCGUUCCCAGCAAGCGACGUCCUUCCGGUCCUGGUGUUGGGUCUCAAGCGGGACUUGCGGUCAGAGAGUGACCCCAACGGCAUCAUCUAUCCGCAAGAGGCAUACCAAGUGGCGCAGGAAAUGCGUGUCGACAGAUACAUGGAGUGCUCAGCCAUGACGGGCGAGCUGAUGGCCCAGGUAUUUGACGACAUCUGCAACACCGCGCUCAAGACUACCACGCCUGAUGGGGGCCAGAGCGUGGGAGGGUGCGUGGUUAUGUAA